CCGUCCAUCAAAAGAGGCCCACCAAAGAGUCAAAAUCGCGUAGAAACAUCCCCUAACAGUCAAACCCUCCGCUUUGCUUGCACCCGAAGUUAGCUCGUCCUUAAAACCCAAUCCGCCAACACAGCAGCAUCAAAUAAGGAGAGAACGGUCAAAAUGUCCGGAGAAAUCCUAGUCGUCCCUUUCCAUGGCCAAGGCCAUCUAUUCCCAUGCAUCGAGCUCUGCAUCCACCUCGCCGCACGAAAUUACCACAUCACCCUAGUUCUCCCCUCCUCUUUCGCCUCUUCCAUCUCUCCCUCCGUCCGUCACCACCCCCUUAUUCAGAUCGCCGAGCUCUCCGCCUCUUCGCCGCCGGAAAACGACCCACACCAUCAUCGGUUCCCGCCGAGCAAUCUCUCGAUCGAAAGCUUCUCCGAUUUCCUCUCCAGCCGAUCCAACGACCGAGAUUCGCCUCCUGCCGUCUGCGCCAUUGUGGACAUGAUGAUGAGCUGGACCCACGAAACGUUCCGGAAAUUCAAAAUCCCGACCGUCAGCUUCUUCACCUCCGGCGCCUGCUCCGCCGCCAUGGAGUACGCUGUGUGGAAAAUCCGGCAAGAAAAUCCGGUGCCCGGCCUAAAUCUGACGCUUCCCGGCCUGCCGGACGACGUCAGGCUGACUUUAUCCGAUCUGACUCACCCGGGUCCUCCGCCUCCACGUCAUCCCGGCCGGGGGCCUCCGCAUCGAAAUCAUCACGGCGGGGGACCUCCGCAUCGAAAUCAUCACUGGGCCGGCCACCCGCCGCCGCCUCCUGGAGCCGGCAAACACGGCCCACCGCCCUCGUGGAUCGGGGAAACGGAGGGCUCGAUGGCAUUGCUGAUGAACACGUGCGAAGAUCUGGAACGUCCAUUCCUCGAUUACGUAGCGAAGGAGACAGGGAAGCGGGUAUGGGGUGUGGGCCCGCUCUUGCCAGCUCAGUUCUGGCGAUCUGCUCACUCAGUCGUCCACGACGGUGAGAUACGCUCCAAACGAGAAUCCAACGUCAGCGAGGACGAUGUAAGCAAAUGGCUGGAUUCGCAACCACGUGGAUCUGUGGUCUACGUGGCAUUCGGCACGGAGGUGGGCCCCUCCAAGGAGGAGCUGGAAGAGCUCGCAGCCGGGCUGGAGGAGUCAAACCGUCCGUUCAUCUGGGUUCUCCGGUCCAGCGCAGGACGGUCCGGUCCACCGCCGCCGCCCCCAGACAUAGGAGAUUCUGGAGACGACGACUUCUUUCCGGAUGGCCUGGCGCGCCGAGCCGAAGGAAGGGGACUGAUCAUCCAGGGGUGGGCCCCACAGCUUCUGAUCCUGAGCCAUCCGUCCACGGCCGGCUUUCUGACGCACUGCGGCUGGAACUCGAUUCUGGAGGCGCUGGGGCGCGGCGUUCCGCUUCUGGCGUGGCCGAUCCGCGGGGACCAGCACUACAACGCCAAGCUAGUGUCGAGCCAUCUCAAGGUCGGCCUGAUGAUCCGAGCCGCCGAUGGAGCUUCCGCCGUGAAGAAGGACGACGUCGUUAGAGGGAUAGAGGGGCUGAUGGCUGACGACGAGACGAGGAAUCGAGCGGCGGCUAUCCGCUCGGUCUUUGGCCACAGCUUCCCAGCUAGCUCAUCGGCUUCCCUAGACGAUUUUCGGGGUAUUCUGGAGCAAAUCUGUCAACAGAAAUAAUUCUAUUUGUGCGCAUGUACGCGUCGCUUUUACUAAAAUGCGCGUACAGUAGUUAUUGCCCCGUCCUGGGUUUCUUGUUUUCUUCUAUGUAAUAAUGAGAAUAUGUAUCUUGACUAUAAAUAACAGGAAAAAAAAAAUACACUGAUUACGUUGUAA